GCUUAGCCAACAGAUUUCAGUCGCUCGCUCUGUUCUUGAUGCCUGCCGCCCCUUGUUUCUCACUCUUUUUUCUUUCUCUCAACAGAAAGAAAUUCCAAGAAAAUUUUAAUCUUUUUUCCUAUAAAAUCUUUGCUCAUUUCCUUCACCAAGUCAUCUUUCAACUGAAACUCUCCUUUGUCCUUUCUCUUCUCUUCUUCUCCUCUCUCAAGAAUCCAACAAAAAACACAAACCUAAAGCAGGGUUUAUAUCAUGGACUCAUCUUCUUGGUCUAGACGGCCUCGUUUCGUUGAGGAAUGUGAUUUUGCUUCUCUUUCUGAUAUGAAAGCUGGGUUUUCAGGAAACCACCGUUGCCACCACCACCACCCAUUCUUUUCUCAGUCGCUUUGUUAUGGAAGAACAGGGUGCUUCAGUAACCUGCCAUCCUUUGUUGAUUCUCCAAGAUCUACUAGAUUUUAUGACGCGAGAUUUGAAAAUUAUCAGCCUCAUUUCUUGGAAGCUUGUUUUCUUUGCAAGAAACCACUGGGGAAUAACAAAGACAUCUUCAUGUAUAGAGGGGACACUCCAUUCUGCAGCGAAGAGUGCAGGCAAGAGCAAAUAGAGAUAGAUGAAGCUAAAGACCUUUCUUCUUCCAUGAAAGCUUUGAGGAAAAAAGAUCAGAAGAAAACUCUCUCUCCUACUAAAACCCAAGACUACCCUUCUCGUACAGGCGCUGUAGCUGCAGCUUAAGUACACAAAAACAUAUAUACAUAUAAAGUAUAAUGUGAAUUUUCCCGGAAAAAGGAGGAAAAAGAAAUUAUCAGAGAAAAGAACGGGAAUUGGCUCUUUUGCCAACUCCUUUUGGGCCUGUAUAGGUUUCUGUAAAUGUUAAAAAUAUGAAUGAGCAGUAUGUGCGGGGAUUGAUGGAUGUGCUCCCAUGAUCUGGCGGCCUCUCGAUUUUGGUUUUUUUUUUUUUUUUUGUUAAUUGUGUCAAAGAAGAAAUGAUGAGAAAAAAAUUCCGAGAGUUGCCGGGACGGUCAGGUUCUGAAAUGGUUCUAGUUUAGAAUCAAAAUCGAAAUUUGAAGUAAAUUUUUGGUCAGUUGAUUUUCA